AUGCUCAACUUUCGCGGCAACGUCCUAACCCGGUCCCUCCCGCUGCUGAUCACACAGCAAUCGAGCUAUGCGCCGCCCAGCCCCCGCGCCGCUUGGCAGCUUCGCCGAUACGUCUGCGCGAUCUACGCCGUCAUUGCGAUCGUCGGCGUGCUUCUUCUCGCUACACGAGAAGCCCGCGAGCCCGCGCCGUCCAAAGGCGUUCAGCGGCAGUACCUCCAAGGGCGCAAGAUCUUGAUCGCCGCCAACUACUUCAACAACAUGGACUUGCUUGACGCGCAUUGCGACGAGAUGGUACUGCUUCUCGACGCGCUCGUUCUUGCGGGCGCCACGCCGUACGUGUCCGUGUACGAGAACGGCUCUGAGGACGAAACUCCGGCCUUUCUCCGCGAGUGGAAGCGGCGGCUGGACGAGCGCGGGAUCGCCAACACGAUCCUCGUCGACGACGCGCCGUCCUGGAGCGCG